GCUGCCCGCGCACGGCAGCGGGGCCGCGCCGACACGGUGGGUGCGCGCCGCGGGUGGGGUCCCCGGGUACCCCCGCAUCCAUCCCCCCGCAUCCCCGCCCGGUAUCCCCCACCCCUCGGGGUCCCCGUCCCCCACCCCCCCGCAUCGGAGUCUCCCCGUCCCCCUGUCCCUCCGCUUUGGGGGGUGCCCCCAGGUCCCCUGGUCCUGCCUGGGGUGUGGGUGCCCACCCCCAUCUCCCUAAGCUCGGGGCGGCCCCGGGGCUGAGCCCCCCCCCACCCCCCCGGCGGGGACGUGGCGGGGCGGCGAGGGCUCAGCCUGCCCGCGGGGGGCUCUGCCUUCUAUCCUUUUUAUUCUUUUUAUUUUAAAUAAUAAUUUCUGGGUUUUAUUGUUAAUUUUUAACCCCUCCUCGCCCCGCACGUGGAGCGCGGGAUGGGGGUGCGGGAGCAGUCCCCGAUCGCUCCCCCCGGGGGCCGCUGCCGGCGGUAGGUGCCCCCCGGUGCUGCCCCCCGCCAUGGGGCAGGGGGCCAUGGGGCAGGGGGCCGCGGGGCUGGCCGGGGUGCUCAGCCUGGCCGGGGCACAGCCAGCCGGGACCCCGCUGCUGCUGGACGUGGGGCGCACGGUCUCUCCCAGGGGGGAUGCUCUGAGCCACGGACGGGGCCUGGAUUGCUGGGAGGUUCGGAAACAGAACAGCUCCGAGUGGUGCCGCUUCAUCCGAUCCAACCCCGACUGCCGGAUGGACGGGGGCUUCCUCGACUACCUCAAUGGGGUCUUCUGCGUCUUCCCCCCCCGGCUGCUGCCCCUCGCUGUCACCCUCUAUGCUCUCUGGCUGCUGUACCUGUUCAUCAUCCUCGGUGUGACAGCAGAGAAGUUCUUCUGCCCCAACUUGUCGGCCAUCUCCACCAACCUGAAGCUGUCCCACAACGUGGCAGGCGUCACCUUCCUGGCCUUUGGAAAUGGGGCACCGGAUGUCUUCAGUGCCGUGGUGGCCUUCUCCGACCCCCGGACAGCGGGGCUGGCCAUCGGGGCCAUCUUUGGUGCCGGUGUGUUCGUGACCACGGUGGUGGCCGGGGGCAUCGCCCUGGUCAAGCCCUUCACGGCCGCCUCCAGGCCCUUCCUCAGGGAUGUCAUCUUCUACAUGUUGGCCGUCUUCCUCACCUUCAUGGUCCUCUACUUCGGCAGGAUCAGGCUGGGGGAGGCUCUGGGUUACCUGGGGCUGUACGUGUUCUACGUCGUCACCGUGGUGCUCUGCACCUGGAUCCACCGGCGGCAGCGGGGGGACGGGACGGCCCCCCCCGGGCCCUGGGAGCCAGAGAUGCCGACGGAUUCCGAAGAGCCGGAGCCCCCAGGCACAAACAGCAGUGACUAUGGUGAGGAGUACCGGCCCCUGCUCCCCUCCCAGGAGACCUCCCUGCGCAUCCUCACCACGGCCCUCAGCCCCCUGGACUACUGCAAGUGGAGGAGGAAGCCCUGGUACUGGCGGCUCUUCAAGGCCUUCAGGGUGCCCGUGGAGCUGGUGCUGCUGCUCACUGUUCCCGUUGUGGACCCUGACAAGGAUGACCUGAACUGGAAGAGACCCCUCAACUGCCUGCACAUCCUCACCAGCCCCCUGCUCUGCAUCCUCACCCUGAAGUCGGGCGCCUAUGGGCUGUACCAGAUCCAGGGCAUCUUCCCAGUCUGGGGACUGGUCACACUGGUUGGCUCUGUCCUGGCCAUCAUCAUCUUCAUCACCACAAGCAACGAGGAGCCACCCAAGUAUCACUGUGUAUUUGCCUUCCUUGGGUUUUUGGCCAGUGCCAUGUGGAUCAACGCUGCAGCCACAGAGCUGGUGAACAUCCUGCGGACCCUGGGCAUCAUCUUCCAGCUGAGCAACACCGUGCUGGGCUUGACACUGCUGGCCUGGGGCAACAGCAUCGGUGACACCUUCUCCGACCUCACCAUGGCACGGCAGGGCUAUCCCCGCAUGGCCUUCUCCGCCUGCUUCGGGGGCAUCAUCUUCAACAUCCUGGUUGGAGUGGGACUGGGCUGCCUGCUGCAGAUGAGCAGCAGCCAGCCACUGGUGAAGCUGGAGCCUGACAGCCUCCUGGUCUGGGUCCUGGCAGGGGCCCUGGGGCUGAGCCUGGUCUUCUCCUUCGUGUCGGUGCCAGCUCAGUGCUUCCAGCUGGGCAAGGCCUACGGCGUCUGCCUCAUCACCUACUACCUGGUGUUCCUCUGCGUGGCCCUGCUGACCGAGUUCAGGGUGAUCCAUCUCUCCACCUCUGACUGACCCCAGGGGAUCACAUCCAGCCCUGGAUCUCACUCUGCCCCUUCCCUGUCCCUGCCAGGGGGACAAGGGCACCCUGACCCCAGCUGAGCUGCUGGAGGUGCCAGCCCAGCCCUCAGCCUUCACUUCAGAAGAGAGGAGGGCUGUGGUUAGAGAGAGGAGUUAGUCACUGGCCACAUCCUCUGCUCGCUCUGUUUAAUCUGUUUAACUCAUGGCAGCCCUGGGCAGGAGGGAGGUCGAGACCUCAGCUGCCUCUGGUCCUGGUGGCAGGGGCAGAGAAUGGGGCAGCUCCAGUUGGGGGGCACAAGAAGAGAGGCUUUACCUCCUCAACCACUUCACCUUCCCCUCCUCACCUCCAUCCAGCUGGUCCAGGACAGGGCUGGGGCUGUUGUGUACACAGGGUAACUCUAAAAGUCCAAGCAGAUGUUUGUCCUUUUAAAGGACACUCUGUGUUGGCACCGUGGGGCUGGAAGAGCAGCUGGGGCAGAGCCAGACAGGGUUAAGGUGAGUCAGCGCUCCAGGGCAGCGCUGGGUUUAGUGCAGGCAAAGCUGGAGGAAAAACAAACACCAAACCAAGGGAGGCUGGUUUCCCCUGCUUUUUUUAGUGAUGUUUUUCAACCCGAGUUUCAGAUCCUGCUUUUCUCCUCCUCCUCCUCCUGGGGCGGGUAGAGCUGUAGGAAAGAACCUGGAAGUUUCGACACAGUGUUAGCCUCUGGCAGGACUAGGUUUAGACACUGUAAAAAAAUUGCAAUAAAAAACCCUCACAAACCCA